AUGUUUGCACUGAACGCUCUGCGCACUGCCAUCCGCGUCCAGUCAGCCUUAUCGCCUUCUGCCGCAGCCAUCCGCGCACUCUCGACUGCCACUGCUGCCUCUGCUGGCUCGUCGGCUGCCGUCCCAGGUCUGAAAGCCCCUCUCAGUUCGAGUGAUCCCGAUCACUUCACUCUCUCACUCACUCUCUCACUCAACUUUGAUCUCCUCCACACAUCACACAUCACACACCUCACCUACUCCUUGCACCAUUGCACAGACGUCUCCAAGCUGAGCUUCAACACGCUGCUCGUGUCCAAGCCGACCGCCAAUGUCGGCCUGGUCACGCUCAACCGCCCAAAGGCACUCAACGCUCUCUGCGACGAUCUCAUGAGCGAGCUCAACACGGCCCUGGAGCACUUCCACGCCGAUCCCACAGUGGGCGCCAUCGUCAUCACUGGCAGCGAGCGCGCAUUCGCAGCCGGCGCUGACAUCAAGGAAAUGCAGCCGCUGACCUACUCCAAGUGCGUCAACACCAACUUCCUCGCUCACUGGACGCGCGUCGCAGAGUCGCGCAAGCCCAUUCUCGCGGCCGUCAACGGCUUUGCGCUCGGCGGUGGCUGCGAGCUCGCCAUGAUGUGCGACAUCAUCUAUGCCGGCGAGAAGGCACAGUUUGGCCAGCCCGAGAUUCUGCUCGGCACCAUUCCCGGCGCAGGCGGCACGCAACGCCUCACCCAGGCCGUGGGCAAGAGCAAGGCGAUGGAGAUUGUCCUCACUGGCGACAAGUACUCUGCCCAGGAGAUGGAGCGCGCUGGCCUGGUUGCCCGCGUCUACCCCGUCGAAACGCUGGUCGAGGAGGUUGUCAAGAAGGCCAGCAAGAUUGCCUCGCUCUCCAAGCCCGUUGUCCAGCUCUGCAAGGAGGCUGUCAACGCCUCGUACGAAAUGACCCUCAAGGAGGGCACUCACUUUGAGCGUCGUCUCUUCCACUCGACUUUCGGCCUGAAGGACCGUGCCGAGGGCAUGACUGCGUUUGUCGAGAAGCGUGGCGCCAAGUUUACUGACGAGUGAUGGCACCCAGAGUGGAGUCGCGCUGUUGUUUUUGGCCGGGAGCAGCAGUCGGAUGAUUUUGACAUUCUGCUGCUUUCCGGCGGAGUGUCUCUCUUUUCCGCAACAUCCCUUUUUGCACUUUCAUUUCUUGAUUAGAAAAGCCUUGUACUCUUA